GUGGGGAGGGCAGCCAGCCAGUAGGGCAUACCGGAGGGAAACGGGGUCAAAGUGAUCCCCUCCCCCGCGCCGCUCCUGCCCCUUUCCUUUCCGAGGGGCAGCAGGAAGUGAGGAGAAAGGACUGGGGUGGGAGGCGGGAGCAAGUGGGAGGGGAUGGGGUUUAUCAAGUCGCCGGCAGGCUGCCCUGCGGGCAGCAGCUGGCGUGAGUAGCUUGGCUGGAGAAGAUAAUCCCGGGAAGAAGGAAGGCCUCCGGCCUCUUGGGCCAACGGACUCCCACAUAGUUCCUGAGCUGGUGUCAGGCAGGUGACACUGUCUGCCUGCAGCCCCCAGCAUGUGGGCAGGCCUGAGCCCUGCCACCACACUGGCCCUGGUGUUGGCGGUGGCAUGGGCCACGGAGCUUAAGCCCACAGCACCACCCAUCUUCACAGGCCGGCCCUUUGUGGUAGCAUGGGACGUGCCCACACAAGACUGCGGCCCACGCCUCAAGGUGCCACUGGACCCAGAAGAGAAAGCCUUUGACGUGCAGGCCUCACCUAAUGAGGGUUUCGUGAACCAGAACAUCACCAUCUUCUACCGCAACCGGCUAGGCCUGUAUCCACACUUUGAUUCAGCAGGGAGGCCUGUACAUGGUGGCGUGCCACAGAAUGGCAGCCUCUGGGCACACCUGAAGAUGCUGCAGGAACACGUGGAGCACUACAUUCGUAGACAGGAGCCUGCAGGGCUGGCAGUCAUCGACUGGGAGGACUGGAGGCCUGUGUGGGUGCGCAACUGGCAGGACAAGGAUGUGUACCGCCGGUCAUCACGCCAGUUGGUGGCCAGCCGCCACCCCGACUGGCCAACAGACCGCGUAGUCAAGCAGGCGCAGUACGAGUUUGAGUUCGCUGCGCGGCAGUUCAUGCUGGAGACACUGCGCUUUGUGAAGGCAGUUCGGCCUAGGCACCUCUGGGGCUUCUACCUCUUCCCCGACUGUUAUAACCAUGACUAUGUGCAGAACUGGGAGACCUAUACAGGCCGCUGCCCUGACGUGGAGGUCUCCCGAAACGACCAGCUGGCCUGGCUGUGGGCCGAGAGCACGGCCCUCUUCCCGUCUGUCUACCUGGAUGAGACACUUGCUUCCACUGCCCAUGGCCGCAACUUUGUCAGCUUCCGUGUUCAGGAGGCCCUGCGCGUGGCUCGCACCCACCACGCUAACCAUGCACUCCCAGUCUACGUCUUCACACGGCCCACCUAUAGCCGCAGGCUCACGGGCCUUAGUGAGAUGGAUCUCAUCUCCACCAUUGGCGAAAGUGCUGCCCUGGGUGCAGCCGGUGUCAUCCUCUGGGGCGACGCAGGGUUCACCACCAGCACGGAGACCUGCCAGUACCUCAAGGAUUACCUGAUGCAGCUGCUGAUCCCCUACGUAGUCAACGUGUCCUGGGCUGCCCACUAUUGCAGCUGGGCCCAGUGCCAUGGCCAUGGGCGCUGCGUGCGCCGUGACCCCAGCGCCAAUACCUUCCUGCACCUCAGUGCCAGCAGCUUCCGCCUAGUGCCUAGCCAUGUACCUGGUGAGCCCCAGCUGCGACCAGAGGGGGAGCUCAGCUGGGCCGACCAUGACCACCUGCAGAAGCACUUUCGCUGCCAGUGCUACUUAGGCUGGGGUGGCGAGCAAUGCCAGUGGGACCGUAGGCGGGCAUCUGGGGGUGCCAGUGGGGCCUGGGCUGGGUCCCAGCUCACCAGCCUGCUGGCUAUGGCAGCCCUAGCCCUCACCUGGACUUUGUAGGGAUCUCUCACCUGGCUGCCAGGCAAGCUGGCCUCUGCCACAAGGGCUCUGCCAGGCAUGUAGGAGCCUGCAAGGGGUGGACAAACUAGAGUGUGAAUGGGGCAGAGCCCCUGGGAUGCCCAGUAGGGUGUCCAUACCAGUUCUCACCCCCCUGUUCUAAGGGGGAGGAGCUGUCCCCUGCGAGGCACCUUCUCUCCCUGCCAGAGAGGAAGAGGCUGGGGAGGACCUGACCCUACUCCCCUGCCCCUGGAUAGUCUAUUAUUAUUAUUUUGGGGUCUCUCUUGUAAAUUAAAUAUAAAACAACUCCUUUUGUG